AUGAUGAUGAUGGCCACAGCGACGAAGGGCAAACGCCCGCUUCGUCACCUCACGGCAACGGACAAGAUUGACGCGAUCCAGCGGAUCCACGACGGCGAAUCGAAGGCGUCGGUGGCGCGGGACAUUGGCGUGCCGGAAUCGACGUUGCGCGGUUGGUGCAAAAACGAGGAAAAGCUGCGCUACAUGUCCCGCCAGUCGGUGGAAAACGCCGAAAAGCUUAGCAGCGAAGCGACGGCAGCCGCUCUAACGGCGGCAGCAGCUGCUGAGCUAUUCAGCGGUCCACCGGAAAAGCGCCUCAAGCUCGAAUCGGCCAUGUUCGGUGGCAACGGAAAGCUCAAAUACGACGACAGCUUCUACAAGGUGGCGCGAGGUUCCCUCAACGGACUCGACCUCUCCGGUGGUGGUGGUGGAGGCGGAGGGCUUGACAAGGGCGGCGGAGGGCUAGGCGUGUCCGGAGGGGACAUCAUCAUGAACGGGCUCGCCGGCGCAUCAGCGGCCGAUUUCAGCCAAUUCGCAAAGACGGCCGCCGAAAUAUCAGCCCUCAGCAAAUCGAAGGCAUACGGGGCUGAUCUGGGAAAACACCACCACCACGGGGGUGACCCCACCAAGUCCGACCACCACCUCUCGAUGGCGGCUAUCAGCCCCCUGACCAGCCUAAGCCACCUGUCGGGAAUGUCCGCGCUAGGCCAGAGUCCACUCGCGCUCAGCUUCAACGAUAUCGCCACCAAUCUGAACCUGAUCGCGCAGCUCAACAACAACCACAAUCUCGCGACCAUGUCCAGUUUGGCGGGAGGACUCAACUCGGCAGCAGCGGCCGCUGCUGCAGCCCAAUCCCUUCGCAGCGUGCGCCCUAAGGGCUCGAACAGCGCGGCAGCUAAUAGCAACGGUACGGGCGUUGGACUGGGCUCUGGAAGAAGCGGCGGCGGCGGCGGCGGUGGUGGUGGUGGUAGCCUCCAGGACACGGGCAACUCAACGUCCGGUGGAGGCGCGGGUGGAACCGCAGGAGGAACCGGUGGUGGUGGAGCGGAAAAGUCCUCAUCGAGCGGUGGAAAUUCGUCCUCAGGCGUACCGUCGCUGACGGUGCGCAAUCUGGCCAAGCUGCAGCAGCAAAAAAGCUCAUCGGGCGAGCUUCUCGGUAACGGUAUGCUUCAUCAACAAUCGCACGCGGCUGGCUUAUCUACGCUGUCUGAGCAGUAUAGAAAAUCCAGCCACGCUAGCAAUCCCGCGAGUAGCACAACACCCACUACAACCCCUACCAAUGCUUCCGUAGGUCGCGACCCGAACACCGCACCCGUCGAUGAUGCGCUCUGGUACUGGCUCAAGUCCCAGCAGGCCAUGCUUGGCCUCAACAACCUCUACUCAUCGCUGCCAAGGGCUGCCAGCCAUAGUCCUCCGACGCCACCACCGCCCAUGGGGCUUACAUCGGUGACGGCGGGGGCUGGAUCGCCUAAUCACGCUCAAACCCUGCCCUCGACUGCCCACACUCCGCACACACCUCCACCACCGCUGGUAGGGCCACCGCUCGUCAGCACACCGCAACCGACGCCACCCUCUUCGGCGCCCUCGCUGACGCCCGAAGACACCAAGAAUUCGUCCUGGUUCUGGCAGUGGUACAAAACGUUCGGAGCGUCGCUAAUGCCUGGUGGUACCGGCGGCGGGGGUAGUGGUGGAACUGGUAGCAACUCUGCUGACAGUAAGCAACACCUGCGCGAACAGCAGCAAGCACAAGCGGCUCAGCAGGCUGCGAUAGCGGCGGCAUUGCAUCAUCACAGCACGAACAACAACUCGCUCAGUCAGCAGAACCAGAACAACUCCUCGGGACAGAAGGGGGGAGGAGGUGGUGGAUCGGCCGCAACAGCCGCAUCCUUGACGGCGGCGUACGAGAACAUCCUGUACUCGCAGCUGACCAAGGGCUCGACAACGAGUGCGGUUGAUACGCUCAACAACAACCAUCAUCAUCACCUGAACCGGCAUCUGAGCGCUCACCUGAAGGGUGAUGAACCGAUGGACCUGAACAUGAGCGGUGCGAACGAGGGUGAUGCGAAGCCGGAGGACCUCUCGAACCAUCAUGUUGGUGGUGGAAAGGAUCGAAAUGGCAGCGGUGGUGUGGCAAAUGGCAGUGGAGACGAGCGACGUUCGCGGUUCCAGCAACAGCAGCAGAACCCACCCAGUCGUCCUUCCUCGGUUUCAUCCGUGGCGUCGUCUGCGAUGAGCGCUCAAGGAUCGCAGGAUGCCAGCGAAAGGAUGCGGCGACAGACGGCCCCCCUUCCGGAUGCUUCCGAUGCGCAGGAAGACGACGAGGAAGAGGAAACUCCCAUGCCGUUGGAUGCCGAAAAUGGCCGGAAAUCGGCGGCAGCCAUCAUGGAGGCAACGUCCACCGGAGGAGUGACUGAGAUGGGAGAAGCUACCGAAAUCGGUGGUCUGGAGGACGAAGACGAGCCAGAGGAGGAGAUGGAUCGGGAGGAACCAAAUGAGAGUGAUCCGCGAGCGCCAGAGGACGAGGAUGAUGAGGCUGCCGCACAGGAGCAGGAUCUGUUCGAACGGAUGUCCGAGGAUGCCGGCAAACAACCCCUGAGAGGAACGAAGCGACGACGAUCCUCUUCAGGCGAUCUCGACGCGAAGGACGCCUUAGACAGCAUCCUGUUCAGUGGCAACAGCAACGACCGUUGCUCUUCUAGAGGUAGCAGUGCUGCCGUUUCACCUUCUACAGCGAUGCUUUCGAUGGUCGUUCGAGGACGCUCGGUAACGCCGGAUGAUGGUGCAGCGGUUGUGACUUCCGGCGAUCAGAACGGCGCAGAGGAUGGGCUAGCCAACGCGGACGAGAAGACUGGAACGGAUCGGGCAUCGAGCCUGGCCGGGGAUGAUGCCAAAAGCGACACUUCGGAAGAGGACUCGUCGAACCACCAGCGGGAAGCGACUCUGAUGGUGGCCUCGGUGGCCGUGGCCGACAUCCGGAACUCAGCCGACGCGGUCGAGCACGGUGAGAAGUUCCUCAAGUGGCUCGAAGCCUGCAGCGACCCGAACGUGACCGCUAUGCAGGUGAUGCAGUUCAAGUACCUGCUCAACAGCAUCAAGCUGAGCGCCGAGCGGCAGUUGCAGAGUGCUAGCGCAAGCAGUGCGGUUCCAAGUGUCGGUUCGGAAGAGCGAACGCGCAUCCGGAAGCGGAAGUGA